AUGGAGAAGCAGAAGCUCGAAAGUAAGCGUCGGGAGGAAGAAGCGGCACGUCGAGAGGAGCAAGCCAGGAAGGAGGCGGAGGAGCGCCAGCGCCUAGCCGAAGAGGAACAUGCCGCCUUCCAGCGCGAGCUCGAAGAGACCAACAGGAAGCUCGCCAAAGGAAUCCAGCCGGUCGUGCUGCCCACGCAGGAAGAGUAUGACGCCGCCGAAGCAAAGGUCCAGUACGACAUUGAGCGGUUGCAUUUCGCCGUCUGCGGCCCCAGUGGAAGCGGCAAGUCGUCGCUGAUCAAUUCCUUCCGCGGUCUGAAAAAGGGCGAUGGUGGAGCCGCGGAUGUUGGAAUCGUCGAGACGACGCUCGAAGUGACGAGGUAUCCAGACCCCCGCAAGGAAAUGCCAUAUCCGCGUUUCAUCUGGUUCGAUGUUCCGGGCGCCGGUACCUUUAACAUUCCCGCAUGGCAGUACUUCAAUCAACAAGGGCUGUUCAUAUUCGACUUUAUCGUUCUGGUUUAUGAUAAUCGCUUCACUCAGAUCGACGCCGAUGUCCUCGACAACUGUCGGCGGUUCAAGAUCCCCGUGUUUAUCGUGCGGUCCAAGGCGAACAUGCAGAUCCGCAAUCUCGCCGACGACGAGCAAUGCUCGACCCCUGAGGCACGCACGCUCUUCGUCACGACGACACGCAAGAACCUGCAAGAGAACCUCGAAAAAUCCGGGCUCUGCAAGCCCGGCGACCUCGAACCCCCGCCGCGCGUCUACAUCGUCAGUCGCGAGUGCGUGCUCGACCAUACCCUCCACCUCGAGGAACAGCGCUGGGAGAAACGCAAUAAAACUAUCAUCCCCAAGGAGGAAAAGAAGGGCGGAAGGCUCACGGAUAAAUACAUCGACGAGGAACAGCUCAUUCACGACCUGCUCGAGACCGCGUACGAUCGCCGAUACGCACCCUCGAGAAGCCGCUCCUUGCGUGUUACUUCCACUCUCCUCCAGGCCGCGGCUAAACUCAAUCUUGGAUGA